UUUGGAGCAGAACUUGAGAAGAGCUGGAAAUUCAAUUACUACCCUGCGCAUACCCAUGAGAAUUUCUAUUCUCUCCUACAGGGAACUAUACAAUGGGUUUUCUGGAUCUUUCCCAGAAGGAAAUUCCUUUUUAAAGCCAUGAAAGAACAAUAAAAUGGGAGACCCUUGUGCUCAGAACAUGUCAUUGUGUGUCCUAUGUUUCCCCGAGCAAAGCUCAUCUGAGAUUCGCAUUGUACUUUCGGAAGUGAAUUGAAAUUGUGGUCCUCCUUCAAAACACAUCAACAAGUCUGUAUAUGUCUAAGACGUAAAGUUUAGGAAUGUGAAACCAGACGCAUUUCUUUCUGAAUAGGUUUGAAGCACCAAGUAAGCUACGAAGACAUGUUAGCCACACUUUUGAGUGCUGCCAGGAUUUGUCUGCUGACUUAUAUUUUAUCUAGAGGUCAUUUUACAGAGGCUUCACACGCCAUUAGUGAGUACAUAAAACAUUACGAAGGACUUUCCUACGACCGAGAGCUCGUAAAACAACAUCAACAUCGCAUCAGACGCGACGCAAAUCCAAACAACCGAGAGCUUCAUCUGGACUUCAGCGCCUUUCAGAGGGAAUUCCACCUGCGUCUCACGCCAGAUGUAAAUAAUGGCUUCACAGAAGAUUUCAAAGUCCUGUCAGAAAAUGAAUCUCAGAUGGUGGAUCUCUCGCACAUAUAUUCUGGAGUACUAGAAGAUGACAGUAAAUCGUCAUGUCAAGGUUCGGUUCUUGAAGGCCAGUUUGAGGGCUCCAUCACAACAUCCAAUGGGACGUUUUAUGUCGAGCCUAUUGAACGAUACGAAACCACUCAUUCUGACCACCAUUCCAUCAUUUAUCAUGAGGAUGAUGUGGACGACACCAUCUUGAAAAAUGGCCAUGCUGGUUUUUGUGGUGCCGAACGGCUGCAGAAUCUUCUCCAAAACCUCAGAGAGCAGAUACCAGUGUCCAGGUCAAAGCGGAAGGUCGACCAGUCCAAAACCAGCUGUCUUUUGCAUCUCCAUGCUGAUCACCGAUAUUACAAACGCUUUGGAAGCAUUGAAGCUGUUGUGGCUCAGAUUGCCUCCUACAUGAAAGCUGUAAAUGACGUUUACGACAAAGCCAACUUUGACGGCAUCGAGCUGAUCAACUUUAAAGUGAAGUUUCUCACUGUGAUCACUGAGGAAGAUCCCAGCAGUCCCAUAAGCAUUACUCACGUUGGUCCUGAGAAGCUUUUGAGUUUGUUUUCUGAGACGAACUGGAAUGACUACUGCCUAUCUUAUCUGUUGACUAACAGAGACUUCAGCGGGGUUCUCGGCCUGGCCUGGGAAGGAAAAGCAGAUAAUUGGGGAGGAAUCUGCUCUAAAAUGAUCCUCAAGAGCGGUCACAAUUGCAGCCACAACACUGGUCUAGUAACUCUUCAGACCUACGGCCACUACCUUUCUACCAAACACGUACAUCUGACCUUCGCUCAUGAGUUGGGCCAUAGCCUUGGAGCUCCUCAUGAUGAAGGCACUAACUGUGGGGACCUGGAGGUCACCGGUGGCAAAGGAAGAUUCUUGAUGUUCCCGAAAGCCGCCAGCAGGAUUGAGGAGAACAGUGACAAGUUCUCCCCCUGCAGUCUGCAGCAUAUGAGUCUCCUUCUGAAUAUAAAGAAGGACAAAUGCUUUGUUGAUAGUGACCAGCCCAUUUGUGGAAACCGCAUUGUAGAAGAGGGGGAAGAGUGUGAUGUGGGCCAUGAUGAUAGCGAUCCAUGCUGCUACAGCUCAAAAGAGCCUUCAGGCAUUGAGUGCAGACUGAAACUUGGCAAACAAUGCAGUCCUAGCCAGGGUCUGUGCUGCAGCUCCCAGUGUGUCUUCAAGGAAGCUGGGCUGAUGUGUGAAAGAAACUCAGAGUGUCGUAACAAAAGUGUUUGCGCCGGUUCCUCUGCUGUUUGUCCGGAACCUCCUUCUAAGCCUGACAUGACAACAUGCAGUAACGGCACACGCGUCUGUUCCAGUGGGGAAUGUGGACUGUCUCUCUGCGCGCUACAUGACAUGGUGCAAUGUGACUGUCCGGGAGAGAGCAAGAGGGAGAAGUGCCACAUGUGCUGCCAGCAGAGAGAUAAACCUAAUACCUGCGCGAGCACCACUUCUGCGGUUCUUUUGCAGUAUUUUAGUGGGAAACGUGUGGCUUUGGUUCCUGGGGCGCCCUGCUCUGGAAACCAAGGCUACUGUGAUCAAUUCAAUGUGUGCCGAAUACUAGAUGCUGAUGGUCCAAUCGCAAGGCUCAAGAACUCUUUCCUGAAACUGGAUGAAUUCGAAGACUUGGCCGGUUGGAUGAAGGCACAUUGGUGGGCAAUACUUUUGGGAAUUCUCACCAUUUCCGCCAUUAUGGGCAGCACUAUCUUUUUUCUUGGACAGCCGCUUGAAAUUGAUGAAGACGUGUAACCAUCUAUACACUUGGGGCACUCCUAGCAUGCAGGAAAACAUUGCUUUUGAGGGAACUUCUGAGUGUUCAAAACAUCUGACUGAUCAUUGGAGGCUGUCCAGUUGCACAGCUGAGAGUCGACUGCAUCUGUCCAAACACGAUUUGAGUUUACUUCGACCUCCUCCACCCAAGUGUCUCACCAUUGGCCAUUUUAAUGUUGUUUUAACUCCACUGCCGAUUUGAGGAUUGAACACCAUCCAGUUUUUUGUGCAGCUGUAAAUCACUGUGCUCUCAGUAACUUUGUACACAGUGUUUCUUUCUUUGAAUUAUUUCAAAACACCUUAAGAACAUGACACAUGAUUUUGCAAAAGCAGAAUUAUCUCAGUUUAGUUAAUAACAGCAUAUGGUUGUAGUUUUCAUAGAAAGCUAACAUUUUUUUGGGAAUGCUACAAUAGGAAUACAAUAUAUGUCAACCUAUGACUGUCUCUCUGCAUGUUUGGUUCCACCGGAAACGAUAUCAGCAAGGUCAAAAUGUAGAGUUUUGCAAUUGUUUGGCUGUGAUAUCCAGACACCAGUUUGUUUGAGGUGCUUGAUUUGCUUUCAUGAUUUUAUCUCGCUAUUUUGUCCUUGGAGGGGUUACCAUGAUAAGCACCAAGAACUAUAUGACAUUUACCCUUGAAAGGUAAAAAAAGGCCAACUUUUUAAUAGGACAGUGGUUUCUAACUUGGGAUUGUGAUUGCCCAAAGAUUACGGGGUUUCUGCAGGUUUCGCAAAGUCAAAUUUAAGACUUUUUAAGACCAUUAAGAAUGAAAUUUCAGGACUUUUUUAUAUCAUAUAAUAUUAUAACAAAGACUAUAGAAUACACAAGACAUGUCACUAGUAUAGUUUCGAAUGGGGAAAAGUGUAACGGUCAAUAUGAUGAAUAAAGCCCCGCCUUUUAGUAUGGGAGCCAAUCAGCGAUCAAUGUAGACUGAAGAUUCUCUGGGGGAGGGGCUCGGACCAGAUGUGAGUUUCUGCAGAUUUUGUGAAUUGAACGUUUAAAAAUGAAACUAAAGAGAUAGUUGUUG